GCCAAUCAGCGCCGCGGAAACCCUGCAGGAGCGGGGCGGGCGGCCCCGUACGGCCCCUCAGAGCCGGGGCGGCGGCGGCGGCGGCGAAGAUGGCGGCGGCGGACGGCGACGAUUCGCUUUACCCCAUCGCAGUGCUCAUCGACGAGCUCCGCAACGAGGACGUGCAGUUGCGGCUCAACAGCAUCAAGAAGCUGUCGACCAUCGCGCUGGCGCUGGGCGUGGAGCGAACCCGCAGCGAGCUCCUCCCUUUCCUCACCGACACCAUUUACGAUGAGGACGAGGUGCUGCUGGCGCUGGCCGAGCAGCUCGGCACCUUCACCGCCCUCGUGGGAGGGCCCGAGUUCGUGCACUGCCUGCUGCCCCCCCUGGAGAGCCUGGCCACGGUGGAGGAGACGGUUGUGCGGGACAAGGCGGUGGAGUCCCUCCGGGCCGUGUCCCACGAGCACUCCCCGCCGGACCUGGAGGGUCACUUCGUGCCGCUGGUCAAGCGCCUGGCGGGCGGCGACUGGUUCACGUCCCGGACCUCGGCCUGCGGCCUCUUCAGCGUCUGCUACCCCCGGGUGUCCAGUCCGGUCAAGGCCGAGCUGCGCCAGUACUUCCGGAACCUGUGCUCGGACGACACGCCCAUGGUGCGGCGCGCGGCCGCCUCCAAGCUGGGCGAGUUCGCCAAGGUGCUGGAGCUGGAGCACGUCAAGAGCGAGAUCAUCCCCAUGUUCUCCAACCUGGCCUCGGACGAGCAGGACUCGGUGCGGCUGCUGGCGGUGGAGGCGUGCGUGAGCAUCGCGCAGCUGCUGCCGCAGGAGGAGCUGGAGGGGCUGGUGAUGCCCACCCUGCGCCAGGCCGCCGAGGACAAGUCCUGGCGCGUCCGGUACAUGGUGGCCGACAAGUUCACCGAGCUCCAGCGCGCCGUGGGCCCCGAGAUCACCAAGACCGACCUGGUGGGGGCGUUCCAGAGCCUGAUGAAGGACUGCGAGGCCGAGGUCCGGGCGGCCGCGUCGCACAAGGUCAAAGAGUUCUGCGAGAAUCUCUCCCCCGACUGCCGCGAGGCCGUGAUCAUGGGCCAGAUCCUGCCCUGCAUCAAGUGCCCCGAGGUGCGGCUGAACAUCAUCUCCAACCUGGACUGUGUGAACGAGGUGAUCGGCAUCCGGCAGCUCUCGCAGUCGCUGCUCCCGGCCAUCGUGGAGCUGGCCGAGGACGCCAAGUGGCGCGUGCGGCUCGCCAUCAUCGAGUACAUGCCGCUGCUGGCCGGCCAGCUGGGCGUGGAGUUCUUUGAUGAGAAACUGAACUCGCUCUGCAUGGCCUGGCUGGUGGAUCACGUGUACGCCAUCCGCGAGGCCGCCACCAGUAACCUGCGCAAACUGGUGGAGCGCUUCGGGCACACCUGGGCCCAGGGCACCAUCGUGCCCAAGGUGCUCGCCAUGGCCGCCGACCCCAACUACCUGCACCGCAUGACCACGCUGUUCUGCAUCAACGUGUUGUCGGAGGUGUGCGGUCAGGAGGUGACCACCACGCAGAUGUUGCCCACCGUGCUGCGCAUGGCCGCCGACGCCGUGGCCAACGUUCGCUUCAACGUGGCCAAAUCCCUGCAGCGCAUCGGGCCCAUCCUGGACAGCGGGACGCUGCAGACCGAGGUGAAGCCGGUGCUGGAGAAGCUGACGCAGGACCAGGACGUCGACGUCAAAUAUUUCGCACAGGAGGCGCUGACAGGUGAG